UAUGUCUUCCUCAAAAUUAAUCUCUUGUCUAUUUUUUCUUUCAUCCAUUGCAACAGUAAUUUCCACAGAUCCACUAUUCCAUUUUUGUUCAAAAUCUGGUAAUUUCACAGCUAAUAGUUACUAUGCACAAAAUUUGAAAUAUCUCUUAGGUGAUCUCUACUUAAAAACUCCUCCAACAGGAUUUUCAACUAGCUCAAUUGGUCAAAAUCCUGAUCAAACAAAUGGACUUUCUCUAUGUCGUGGCGAUGUUUCAAGCAAUAAUUGCAAAUCUUGUGUAUUAGAUGCUAGUGAAGAACUUGGAAAACGUUGUCCUUACGAUAAAGAAGCCAUAAUAUGGUACGAUAAUUGUCUCUUGAAAUAUUCCAACAAAGAUUUUCUAGGAAUAAUCGAUAAUACGUACAAGUUUUACAUGUCGAAUGUUCAAGUUGUGAGCAACCCUGAAUAUUUCAAUGCAAAGACUAAGGAGUUGUUGGGAAGUUUGGCUGAAAAUGCUUAUAAAAAGAAGAACUUGUAUGCAAUUGGAGAAAUGGAUAUUGAAGAAAAUAAGAAAUUGUAUGGGUUGGUUCAGUGUACAAGAGAUCUUACAAAUAAGGAUUGUAAAAAGUGUCUUGAGGGUAUUAUUACUGAACUUCCAAGUUGUUGUGAUGGGAAAGAAGGUGGAAGAGUUGUUGGUGGAAGUUGUAACUUUAUAUAUGAAAUCUACCCUUUUAUUAAUACUCCUUAGAUCUUAGAAAAUAUAAUAUGGAAGGCUUGAACUAAAAAUCCUAUAUUAAUGUAAUUUAGUUUUAAUAGGUUGUACUUUUUGUUGAUGUAUUAUUUGGCUCAAGUAUGUGUUUU